UCGGGACACGUUUCAUUGCUUCAUUAGAUUUCCAUUAAUAAUCAUCCCCCGAACCGCAAAUCCCUGUGGAUUUAAAAUAUUGAACCAUUCCGCGAAGAAAAAUCUAAUUAAAAACAUUAAUCCUUAUUUCAUCAUUUAAGAUCUGAAUUAAUUGAAUUAAUUGAAACGAGCUCCGCCAAUUAUUGAUCAUAGUGGAAAAAUAAUUGAUAGUCACGUAAAAUUCCCUCCAAUUAACUCAAAAUGACAAUUAAAAUGUUAUUAUCAACGAAUAUUGGAAGACUUGAAAAAAUUCCACACUUUAUGCUAUCAUUAUUUACGUGAUUAAUAACAUUAUCUCCUCUGACUCACAACAGUGCAAUUCAUACUGCGAUUAAUCUUCAGUUUAAUAAAGUAGUUUGAAAAACGAAGAUUCAUAAUUGUUGAAUAAAAGUGUCUUCGACUUCCUCGAAAAAUUCAAGCGGUACCGGAAGUGCCUUCGGUUGCUGAUAGUGCAAGAGCUGGUUUCCCGGUACGGCCCACACAUCUGCGGUAAUUUUUAAUCGCCAGAUUGUGCACUCGACAGAGUGCGUUAUUAUACUCGAGUUACCGGGCAACAUCGCAAUUGCGUAGAUCGAGGAAAAUAAAAAUUGUGAACAUGACUAUUUUAAGAAGAAGUGACAUUUGAUUAGAUUGAAAUCAGUGACAUUGACAUGAUGAACCGGUGUUGUCUCGAGGAAAUGACGAAUUAAUUGUUGCGUCAAUCUCGCAUUAUCUCGUGGUUAAGGAGUUAUUUUUUAUCGAUGGAAACUAGUUUCAAGUGCAAAUGAGAUUUUCAAAAGCUAGCAAUGGAGUGAAAGAGCGAGAUCCCUCCACGCACGGUUCAGUUUUUUAUUUGGAGUCUUUGUACCCGCGAUACUGUGGGUACACCAGCUUUGGAACGGUUCCCUGCUUUGGAAUGAUUUACUGACACAACAAUCAUGUCAUCCGGCCUCCGACUCUUCCUUCUCCAACUAACCCUGAUUAUUUCAAUUUCCUCUGGAUUACCAACGGCUCAGAAAUGGGAGAACGCGAUAGAAUCCACAACCGAAGAACUGAUCGCUGUCAAUGAAACAAAAGAAUUCAUCUCCACUCCAGAACCAGAAGGAACAAUCGGUGAUGAAACGUCCCUCGCAUCGACAAGUGAAAGAAUACCGGACACCUCAGGAACUUCAUUAACAACGGAUUACACAACGACAUCAAUUCCCUGGGACGUCACAACAUUCUUAAAUGCUGAAGACAUGCUGAUAACUGCGGUGAAGUCGAAGAAGGAAGUGUCAGAAGAAAUGCCUUCGUCGACAAGUGCAUCGACUUCAACCACUGAAUCACCCUGGCAUACGACGCCCUCAGUUACUCCUCCCUCGAUCGACAGCAAAGACUUCCUCUCCGAAAUCGGAAAAACGACUGUCCCUUCAACUUACCACCAGGUUGUUACGAAUGUGAUGGAGAAGAAGACUAAAACAUUUGAGGGAACAGACGAAACCGAUCCGGCGAAAAUUCAACUAUGCAAACCCUCCGUUCCCUCAGAACAUGAGGACUACAACGACGCUCGGGAUUUCUCGAUGACUAUUGAGAGAGCAGGAAAGGCUUCGUAUAAGAUACCUUAGAGACAAUAGGACAGUGGAAUUUCGGGAACCCCUAUGCCCCCCGAGGGAUAAUUCAC